AUGCGUAACUCGCCAACCUGUGAUUCUCUUGCCAACCUUCCUUCUGAAAAGGUCACCUGGGCUGGGCCGGGUCUGCUCGCAGCUGCCACUGGUGAGGGCUUGGUGAGGUUCUGGGACCUGUCCUCGGCGAAGAACUACGUGCUCACGCUGCCGUCGGGGGGUCUAGACCGCACCGACAAGUCUACCUGUAUCAGCUUCGAUCCAAUCAGAAGAUAUUUGGCAGUGGGGUCGAUGUACGGCUGCGUGGCGAUCUGGAGAUUCGUCGGGGAGUACGAAAGCGGGGCAGACGCAAGCGACCAAGACGACGAGCAGGGGGAACAGCCAUUGACUUAUGGAAAACAGGCAAGGCACUACCGUAUGGAUACACACUCAAUGCACCAACGCACUUCUGAAGAAACUAACAAACGUGCCUCCGGACGGGGCACCAAGUCGAACCGACGAGGCAGCAAAACUGCCGGGGCGGAUCUGAAAAGGCCCCCCUCCCCCGGAGACUCGGGAGGACCUAGCGAUUGGAAGUCUCUGACCCCGACCACCCUCGAUAGUGCGGCGGUGGGCCUUCUUCGCUGGGGGGCGGCCGGGGGGGUGCUGGGGGCCAUCGGGCGCGACAUGGUGGACGGGGCGCACGUUUUGGCGGAGACAGUGCUGCACCGCCAGCUCAGUGGCAACGUCGCGGUUGUGCAGCUCUCCAGCGAUACCCUUAGCAUCGAGUAUCAGAGAGAGGGGGAGGGGAGUGGUGGUGGCGGGAACAAUAAACCAAUCAGCAGCGGUAUGGCAACAGCAACAAAGGGGGCCGCCAUCGAAGGGGGCAACUCUUCAACUGUGGAAGGAGAGCACGUCGUGCGGUGCGAUAUCAGCAUCAAGGGCUUCCACCUGCAGGUGCCUGACAUAUCAUGUAGACUACGAGCUUCAUCGUGUCCGUCGAUAAUAGUAUAUGUCCGAUUCAAAUUCGCCGAGAACGAGGUACGAAUCCAAUAG